AUGGCAACAAUACUCAAGCAUGUAUUAUGCUUAUUGAUCCUGGCUCCCGCAGUGCUGGUUCGAGCAGAGUCCAGCAUACUACUAGAGAACAAUGCAUCGUCGUCGUCAUCACGAGUUUCGACUACCAUUAAAUUUGAAUACAAACUGGAUGCCUCGAACAUUCCGCAAUAUGGGUCGGUCCAAACCGUUGUCGACGUAAUUGAUUCUGUCAUGAUUGAUCGGAUGCAGCAAAAGUUAUCGCCAUUAGAAGCCGCUCAACUCGGCGAUGCAGUGCUGUUGGAUCAAGUCAAGAGCGAGAUUUAUUCCCAGUGCUUUGCCAAGGGCGACGAGUGUGUAAUGGCACGAUCGAUGUUGACCAUUUCCCACAACGGCACAAAAUCGGAACGAUCCCUUCAAUUUGCAGCCCUUCGACUGGUGCAAGAAUUCCUCAAAGAGUUUGAUACCAGCUAUGUCGAUGUGGCAACCACCUACAUGUUUCCGAGAAUCAUUCAAACCGCUGCCAAAUUUGAUAUUCAUGGAGUGAAUGUACAUUUGAAACCAAAUGCUAUUGAAAUUUUCAGAGAGACCAUGCUGGUGGUCUAUGGAGAUGCCCUUACGGCAAAGCAAGGAAGUAUGGAUCUAUUGGAUAUCCAAUACAACUUCCAGGAGAAAAAGCAGGGCGACGAUGAUGCACCAUUCUUGGAAGCCCACCUCAUGAUCAGUGGAACAUGCCGUAGCUGUACCGAGAGGUCCUUCCAAUAUAUAUUUGACACUGUCUUUGAGGAGUCCAGAGACGAGUUUCAGAAUCAACUCCGGUUAAAUGCAGACUCGAAAGGAAUCUCCGAGUUUGCAGGAGUGACCGAAAUUGCAUACUCUUGGCCAGAAGAACCAGAGUUUCUGGACUCGUUGGACGAAACCUUUUUUGUGGAAGAUGUUGCAGAUGAGGUGACUGAGGAGGAGAUUCCUUGGUGGAUAAUAUGGAUCGGUAUCGGACUUUUGCUGGUCAGUCUAGGGUUGGGCAUAUUGUUGUUUGGCAUGGACGACAUGCGUGCCUGGGAGACCAGCCGCCGAAACAACGAAAACAACAACAACACCAGCAACAACAACAGCACCAGCGAUUCUUCCACCAAACCAAUCGAUGAUGUGAGUGACACGAGCGAUGAAAAUAGUCAAUUUACUCUAUCAUCCCGGUAUGAAUUGGAAGAAAUUGUGAUGGGCGACUCCAACCCUUACGCCAAACACAACGUCGGGUCGCCCAGUAAUUCCGAUGGAUCGACGUAUUCCAUUUGA